GAUCUGUCUUGACUGAAUCUUUUGUUUCUUAGACCUAGAAAAUGAGUUCUUAAGGGGGGGGAGAGAUCUGGGACAUGCUCUGAAAUUCCUUAAUCUUUCUCAUCUCUGAUUGAGAUCUGUUAAGACUUUAAUACCUUGUCUAAUCACACACUUGACUUUACCUCACGCCAGCUGCUGCCCUCUCGCCCCGCAUUUCCAGCGUGAGCUGCAAGCUGAGCGGAGAAGUGGAAUAGCUCACAAACAUUGUAGAAAUUAAUUCAUUUACUCAUUCACAUUUUAAGACCUGCUGUGUAAAGUUCGAUGUAAAUGAAACCAAAGGCCAACCGAACGAACUUGAACAUGCGUAUGUGAAUGUCAUUUUAAAACAAAACUGUUUAUGGUGAACCAUUCCUUGAAAAUAAGACACUUGGUGGCAAACCAAUUACACAGUGGGUUUUUUGUACCUGGCUUGAGGAAUUCGCAGCUCAUUAUUGACAUUCUCAGAAAUCAGCUGCUUGUGAGGGGCGCACAAACAAAAUCCCAUCAUGCACCGUGACGCUAAAAGAGCUGCAUUGAUCUGCAGAGCAGUUCCCCCAACAUCCGAACUGUCAUUGAUUCCCCACAAUGCACCAUAAAACUCAUGGAGAUGAGGGCUCUUGCUCUAGAUCCGCUGAGGUUGUAUCCGGGGUCUGGUCCAGUGCUUUGGGCUGGCCUGGAGUCGAUCCGCUGCGGUGGAGCCGGCUGCUGAUUGGGGCCCUGGGGCCGUGGGCAGCUCGAUGCAGUGAAGGGCGAAGCGUCCCUGGAUAUCGUGCUAUAAAAGCCUGAGCUGGUCCUGUGCGGGUAAAAGGAAUGAGGAGCUGGCUUCAACAAGGCAAGAAGUUUAGAUUGUUUCAUCCUCAAAGAGGCGUUCCAGAUGGCAGAGUGUACAGCAGCCCCAGUGGUCAUGGAGGACAGUGACCGCGAGGCCGACUCGGCCUCAGAUGAGCAGGACUCUACGCCAGCGUCGCCUGAGCCCAGGCUGCAUGAGGUGGACAAGCACUUCCCUAAGGAAGACUCGGAGGACUCGGAGCUGGAGCACAUCAUGGGACAUCACCCGCUGGCCCAUCACGGGCCCCAUAGGGCCGAUAGUGAGGGCGAGGGUCACAGCAGACCCCACACCCCAGGGACGCCCUCCUUCCUGAGGCCCGCGGAGGCGCCCAGGGGCCCCGGAGACACAGAGCACGAGUCCAGAUGCGGGGCUCAGCGGGGCCGAGUGGACUUUAACCUGCCGUCUCCCAUCAGCCCAUCCAGGCCUAAGAGCCCCUGGGGCCGCUAUGACCCCUAUGACUCGACUGAGGACCAUGACAAGGAGUAUGUGGGCUUUGCGACUUUGCCAAACCAGGUUCACCGCAAAUCUGUGAAGAAGGGCUUUGACUUCACUUUAAUGGUAGCAGGAGAGUCAGGUUUGGGAAAGUCCACCCUGGUCAACAGUCUGUUCCUGACAGAUCUCUACAAAGACAGAAAUCUGCUCAAUGCUGAAGAGAGGAUCACUCAGACGGUGGAGAUCACCAAACACACGGUGGACAUCGAGGAGAAGGGCGUCAAGCUGAAGCUCACAAUCGUGGACACACCAGGAUUCGGGGACGCUGUCAAUAACACUGAAUGCUGGAAGUCAGUGGCAGACUACAUCGACCAGCAGUUUGAGCAGUACUUCAGAGAUGAGAGCGGACUGAACCGCAAGAACAUCCAGGAUAACCGCGUGCACUGCUGCCUGUACUUCAUCUCGCCCUUCGGUCACGGGUUACGGCCUCUGGAUGUGGAGUUUAUGAAGGCUCUUCAUGAGAAGGUCAACAUUGUUCCUGUACUAGCUAAAGCUGACACACUCACCCCAGCGGAGGUCAAGAAAAAGAAAAUCAAGAUCCGAGAGGAGAUCGAGCAGUACGGAAUAAAGAUCUACCAGUUUCCAGACUGUGAUUCAGACGAGGAUGAGGACUUCAAACAGCAAGACCAAGAGCUCAAGGACAGCAUUCCCUUCGCUGUGAUCGGCAGUAACACAGUAGUGGAAGCCAAAGGCAAGAGGGUUCGAGGACGUCUAUACCCCUGGGGAAUUGUAGAAGUGGAGAACCCCGCGCACUGUGACUUCGUGAAGCUGAGGAACAUGUUGGUCCGAACACACAUGCAGGAUCUGAAGGACGUGACCAGGGAAACACACUACGAGAACUACCGAGCGCACUGCAUCCAGAGCAUGACCCGCAUGGUGGUGAAAGAGCGCAACCGCAACAAACUGACCAGGGAGAGCGGCACCGACUUCCCCAUUCCCAUGGUGCCCAGCGUCACCGACACCGAGACGGAGAAGCUGAUCCGUGAGAAAGACGAGGAGGUACGGCAUUCUCCCAGCCGAGAUCCACACGAGCAAACGCAGCAUCCAGAGCCAGAGCCGUGCGAGGAUCCUGCCUCCGAGCCUCACGUCAAAGGCUCCUAGAGCCGUCUGUAGGCCGUCAUAGAGUCCGUCCCUGUGUUUAAGCACGUGAACCUCAGAUCAGCUCCAGAUCACUGGUUAUACUGGCGCCCCCUGUAGGUGUGCAUCAGGCAGUAGAGUAGAGCACAUGCUGUGUAAUCUGUGUUUAGUAGAGUCUCAGAAGCCUGCACGUCUCUGGCAUGAUGCACUUUAACCCUGCAUCCCAGACCGACUGUUUACCACUACAGCUGAUGGAAACACUGAUUACCCAUUACAUCUGACAAAUGUCCACACAAUAUUUUUCAGUUUCAGCUUUUUUAAAAUUCUACAUUGAUACUUCAGGUGUCGCAAAAACUAGUUUAGAAACACUGUCAAAAAAUGGCUUUAACGCAAAAAAAAUGUGGUGUGACAUGAUACAUUUU